AUAUAUGGUGUGUGUUAAAUCCAAGUGUGAUAAACCAUUCUUUUAAAAUUAAAUGUUAUUACAGAAGUAGUCUAACAAAUUAAUCCUAAUGGCAUCACCAGCUCCCAAAUCACCAGAACAAUCUGAGAGAAGUAGGAAAUAUGACAGACAAUUAAGAUUAUGGGGUGACCAUGGUCAGGCAAUGCUAGAAGCAGCCCAUGUCUGCCUCAUAAAUGCCACAGGUGUUGGAACAGAAAUUCUAAAAUCGUUGGUACUUCCAGGUAUAGGAGCAUUUACAAUUGUAGAUGGUAAAAAGAUAACCAAUGAAGAUAUUGGAGCAAAUUUCUUUUUAGAAGCAGAUAGUGUAGGAAAAUCAAGAGCUCAAGUUGCAACUCAAAUGCUUUUGGAAUUAAAUUCUGAUGUGAGAGGUGAUUACAUUGAUGAGGAGCCAGAACAACUUUUGUAUAAUAGCCCAGACUUUUUCAAUAACUUUACUGUUGUUGUGGCCACUUCGCUUACAGAAAAGUCUCUAAUCCUUCUAUCCCAAAGAUUAUGGGAGUUGAAUAUACCUCUAAUAGUAUGCAGGAGUAUAGGAUUUAUUGCAUACAUGAGAAUUCAAGUGAAAGAACACACAAUAAUAGAAACGCAUCCAGAUAACGAAACUCCCGAUCUACGUUUAGAUAAACCAUUCGAGUCGCUAAAGCAUCAUCUGGAUUCAAUAAACCUUGAUGAAAUGAGUUUCAAGGAUCAUUCUCAUGUACCGUAUUUAGUAAUAUUGUACAAAUACUUGCAGAAAUGGAUUUUAGAAAAAGGAGAAUUACCGAAAACAUACAAAGAGAAGCAACAGUUAAGAGAAAUGAUAAAAAAAGGGAUAAGAAGGGACGAUAAUGAUAUAGCGAAUAGUGAAGAGAAUUUUGAAGAAGCUAUAAAAGCUGUUAAUACUUGUAUAGGUCCUACAGAGAUUUCAGAUAGCGUAAUGAAUAUUCUGAACGAUAAUCAGUGUAUUAAUUUAACAGCAAAGAGCAGUUCAUUUUGGAUAAUUGCAAAGGCGGUAAAGGAUUUUAUUCAGAACGAAGGAGGGGGAUUAUUGCCACUGAAAGGAACUUUGCCAGACAUGAUUGCUGAUACUGAAAAAUAUAUAACGCUUCAGCAAAUUUAUCAUAAACAAGCGGCAGCUGACGUGGAAGCAGUAUGGAGACGUACUUUACAAUUAUUAAGGCAAUUGGGGAAAUCGUCGGAUUCUAUUUCUGAGAGAGAUGUUAAAUUAUUUUGUAGGCAUGCCUCUAAUAUACACGUGGAAAGGGGAACGCGUAUUGCGGAUGAAUAUGAUUCUAAAACCUUCGACGCGAGUAAUAUAGUGCAAAGUUUAGAAAAUCCGGAAAGUAUGAUGAUUUACUACGUGGUUCUCAGAGGAGUUGAAAAAUUCCAAACGGAAUAUAAUUCAUAUCCUGGUGAAUUUGAUGACCAAGUAGAACCUGACAUCGUUAAACUCAAAGCAUGCAUUACAAAACUGUUGAGCGAAUGGGGAUGUGGACCAUUAGCAAAGGAUGACUAUGUCCACGAAUUUUGUAGAUUUGGUGGAUCAGAAUUACAUUCAGUAUCAGCAUUUUUAGGUGGCCUGGCAGCCCAGGAAGUUAUCAAAUUUGUUACGAAUCAGUACAAACCGGUUCAUAAUACUUUCAUAUACGAUGCAGUUACAUCAAACUCGGGAACGUUUUUCUUUUAGUAAUAAAUAUAUUUCUGUAAUAAUUAAGAAAAUAUACGGUUUUAUAGUUUA